CGCAUUGGCUCUUCGUCCAGUCACAGAGGAGGGAGAAGGCGGCCAGACGUUCCCCUGAUAUCAUCGACACACUGCUGGUGAAACAUCAACAACAACAACAUGAGAAUAAUGAUAAUUCCAGUAGUGCUUGUCCUGUCUGCUGCCUUUCUCCCUGCCCUCUGCGGCAAAGGGGACCCUACCGUUGUCCAGGCCCGGGCCUCGGCUGAGACACGCUCCCACUUCGCCGCCCUGGACGAUGUGCGUCUCCUGGCGAGUGGCCUCCUCCAGCUGGGCCAGAGCCUGCGGGAGUUCGUGCAGAGGACGAAGGGACAGAUCAACGACAUAUUCCAGAAGCUCAACAUCUUCGACCACUCCUUCUACCAGCUGUCGGUGCUCGCCAGCGAAAUCAAGGAGGAGGGCGAGGAGCUGAAGAAGACCGCUGUGGUGCUGAAGGCCAACAACGAGGAGAUUAAAGGCCUGUCUUUUGAGAUCAACUCCAAGGUGGACAACAUCCUGCAGGAGAAGACUCAACUUCAGAACAAGGUGGAGGGCCUGGAGAUGAAGCUGAGCAGCCUGUCGCAAGGCCUGGUGACCACCGAGCAAGCGGUGGAGAUCAACAGCCUCAGGGCUGUGAUCCACAGUCAGGAGACGAGCAUCACCGAGCUGCUGAACGCUGUGAGGGAUCAGAGCGACCAGAUCAACUACCAGAGGGACAAGAUCAGGAACCUUGAGGAUAAGCUAACAGUCAACAGAUUAGCCCAAGAGACCAUUGAGAGGAUGCCUGAGACCUUCAACCCUGAAGCUCCGACACUCAGCCCUUUUCUGAACUCAAACUCUGCAGGCAACACAGAGAUGCAUCUGUCAUCAGACUGCAGCGAGCUGUUCAACAGAGGGGAGCGAGCCAGUGGCGUCUACGCCAUCAGACCCAACGGAUCGGAGCCUUUCAUGGCCUUUUGUGACAUGAGCAGAGAAUUUGGAGUAACAGUCGUCCAGCGAAGGAAGGAUGGAUCUGUGAAUUUUGACCAAACCUGGGAGAAGUAUGAAAACGGGUUUGGGGAUUUUCAAGGAGAGUUUUGGCUGGGUCUCAAGAAGUUCCAAGCUCUCGCAGCUCAGGGCGCCUCCGUCCUUCACAUCCAGCUGGAAGACUGGAAGCAGAGCAAACACUUCAUGGAAUACAGAUUCAACAUCGAGGGUCCGGAGAGCAACUACACCAUUCACCUCACGCACCUGUCUGGAGAAUUGCCAGACCCCAUGGGCAACCACACCGGCAUGAUGUUCUCCACCAAGGACAGGGACAAUGACAACCACCAGGACUUCAACUGCGCCCGCAUCUACACAGGUGGAUGGUGGUUCAACGCCUGUGGAGACACCAACCUGAAUGGCAGAUAUUUUCCUGUGAGACCAAAGGGGCGUUCGGAGCGUAGGAGGGGGAUUCAGUGGAAGUCUGGUCGAAAAGCUUCAUACACCUUCAAGCUCACAGAGAUUUCAGUGCACCGAGGGACUCCACCUCCCUCCACCUCAUCUGCCUCUGAGUCAGGCGUCCCUCUCUGAUCCAGCACCAACAAUAACACUCAAAACAAACCAGCAUCCAACAGUGGCCUCUGCAGGACAGACUUGGCAGUGCUUCUAGCGGGGCAGCCGUGGUUUUUAAAGGCUAAGGGCAGUCGCGUAUGACGAGUUUUACAAAUCUGAGUGCCCCUGUGUCCUGAAGAGAUAAAAGAAUGGGUUACUCCCUAUCACCAGGACACUGUGCACUUAGUCUGUAGAAAAUAGUAGAAAAUCUAAAUGCAAUGGGAUAUCUAAAAUACAAUUAAUCACAUUUAGCUAAUUGUUAAGAAUAAAUACAUCUUCACUUACAGUUUCUCAGACGUUAAAGGGCAUGGAGAAGGAACUAGAACACAAAUCCACAUAUGAGCAGGUGUAUAAUGGGUCACAUUGACUCACAGUGUACUGCAGUGGUUACAUUAGGGGAGGUGGGACCCAUUGAGGAAGUCACAAGACAUAUCUAAGAGGUCGGAAGGGAAUAAGCACUGAAAGAUCAGAUUGUUUCGUUCAUUGACUCUUUGUAUAGGAAAUACUGUACAGAUUUACCCCCUCCGUCCUUACAAUAUAUGUGCAAGUGAGAGUUGGGGUCCCACAAAGACAUUGCUUGAUUUUGAGGGGUCGAUAAUCAAUGAAACUCGGGAACCACUGCUUUAAAUAACAUCCAUCAUUACUUUACAUUUUACUCUAUUUUUGAUACAUUUGCUAUAUUUUUUAUAUAACUUAAAAAAAUACAUGAUGUUGACUUUCUAUAACGCUAAUAUGAAUUUGGGUGCAGAUAUUCCCAAUAUAUCAUGAAAAUGUUCACUUUGAUCAGACAAAUACUGUCCAGGACUGAUAAACUGUGCGUUGCAAAUUGCCUGCAGAUCUGCCACAGGAUGGUUCUUCUCUGUCAGCAGGAUUUGACCUGUAGAACGACUGUAGUAAAUUAAUGACCAGAGCAUGUUUGUGUUAUUGCUACACACUGAAACUUUCUGUAUGAUGCACUGAGAGGUCGCUCUCUUUUGUACUGUGUUGCAAGAUUCCCUGAAUAAACUCUAGAGAGCA